CAAGGUCUCUUUCUCUUCCGGUUCCAGCGCUCGGAGCAGGCUGAAGCCUUCGGUGCGGACAUGGCCAAGUCCAAGAACCACACGACGCACAACCAGUCCCGGAAAUGGCACCGAAACGGCAUCAAGAAACCUCGGUCGCAAAGAUACGAGUCUCUGAAGGGGGUAGACCCCAAGUUCCUGAGGAACAUGCGGUUUGCCAAGAAACACAACAAGAAGGGUCUGAAGAAGAUGCAGGCCAAUAACGCCAAGGCCAUGAGCGCACGGGUCGAGGUCGUCAAGGCCGUGGCAAAGCCCAAGCAGGCCAAGACCAACAUCCCGAAGGGCUGCAGCCGCAAGCUCAAGCGACUGGCCUUCAUCGCCCACCCCAGACUUGGGAAACGUGUCCGCGCCUACAUGGCCAGGGGUCUCAGGAGAAAAGACAAGGCUCAGGCCCAGGCCAAGGCCCAGGCUAAGGCCAAGGCCCAGGCUCCAGCUCCAGCCGCAGCUCCAGCUGCUCCAGCUCCGGCCGCCAGAAGCGCCCAGGCCCCCAAGGCUGCACAGUAGAGGCCCCUUCCUGUCAGUGUGAGGACAGUGGGGCCGGUGCCCUCCUGUGCUGUUUGUACAAUAAACUUGAGACACGA